AUGAAGAUUCAGAGUGUACCUCGUCUUAAAUCUAUAAGAACGAAAUUUUUGAAAAAGAAGAAACUUCAAGAAAGAACAGAAAAAAGAGAAGACAUGUUAAAUGUGAAAAAAAUGGAAUCUCAUUAUUGCCGAUCUUCAUCUCAAAAAUUGUAUCUUGAACCACAAUGGCAGUCAAAACAAAAACUUUAUGAACUUUACUCUAAGGACUGGUGUAAUUACGUGGAGCCGUUUUCAAUUGCAUAUUUUAGCAAUUAUCAUGAGGAUAUGAAUUUGAGUUUAUUUAAGAGAAACAAAGAUGAGUGUCAUGUAUGUGUGGCUAAAAGAGUAGGCAAUGCUACAGAAGCGGAGUAUGAAUUGCACACAUUAAAAAAGAAGAAGCCACAUAAGAGAAAUCAAAUGACAAAAUUAGUACCAAUAAUUAAGCAUCUUUUCCAAAAGCUUGACAAUAAAACUCUAGGUGCAAGAGAUUUUGGAGAAACUAUAGAAAAUCAAAUAGAGCAGUGCGAAAAUAUGAAAGUUGUAAGAUCAGAAGUCGAUCAGAAAUAUUUGUUUCAAAUUUAUGUCGCAGUUUCUAUAGAGGAAUAUUCUGUGGAUUUAAUAAAUCGAAGUCCUGGAAAGUUGAGUCAUUCUCAAUGGCUCAUUUUGGCCAAUCGCAUUCUACUUCUUGAUACACAUUGUAGCCUAGAAGAAAUAGAGCAUGUUCCUGAGAGUGACGAUGAUUCAUUUGACGACUCUGAUUAUGCGCCAUCAGAUAUAUCAGGUGGAGCAGAAUACCAUGUUGCAGUAGAUUUUGAGGCAACUGAUAAUGAAAUGUUACAAAAUAAAAAUAAAAAGACAACUAGAGAAGAUAGGAUAAGGAAGCGAAUGAGAAAUAAUAAAUCAUGGAAGAAACAUAAAAGAAGAGAACUAAAAGAGAACGGGAAAGAGUAUGUACUUAUCUAA